AUGCCCUGCCCCCCGGUGUGCCUGACGACCCGAUUCCUCGCCAACGAACUCCUCCUCCUCGGUUCCACACUUCUCGGAUCCUCGUCGCCCCGGCCGAGCAGAAACCGGAGCCCUGCCGCAGAUCCGCAGGGAGGAGGAGCCGAGGAGGGGGAAGAAUGGACGCCCCGUCGGUGGCGCUCUACAACCAGCUCAAGUAAGUUUGUUGGUGUUGUGACGCUAUUGACUAUGCUCAAGCCUGGAGAUGUUUGGCUUGGGGUGCCUCUUGUGUUCAAAUCAAGCUUUGAUAAAGCAAACCGUACAUCGUCGAAAUCCUUCCGCGGUCCUGGUCUGGAACAAGGCCUAAAGAUCCUUGAAAAGGUGAAGGCUGCAUAUGACCUUCCAGUGGUCACCGACGUGCAUGAAAGCUGCCAGUGCGAAGCUGUUGGAAGAGUUGCUGAUAUUAUACAGAUUCCAGCUUUCCUCUGUCGCCAGACUGACCUUCUAGUGGCUGCGGCUAAGACUGGGAAAAUUAUCAAUAUCAAGAAAGGACAAUUCUGUGCCCCGUCUGUUAUGGCCAACUCUGCGGAGAAAAUUAGACUUGCUGGAAAUCAUAAUGUGAUGAAGAUAACUGAUUUAGCAAUAUCUUCCUUUGUUUUCAUUGCACACACAGAUGAUCUAAUUGUUGAUCCAAGGAACUUUGAGUGGCUGAGGGAAACAAAUUGCCCAGUUAGAAGUAUCCAUUUUCAGGUAGCUGACGUAACACAUGCUCUACAACAACCAGCUGGGAAAAAGCUUGAUGGUGGUGGGGUCGCAAGUGGGGGCUUACGAGAACUCAUACCAUGCAUCGCAAGGACUGCUGUUGCAGUUGGUGUUGAUGGUAUUUUCAUGGAGCCAUUGCGCAAUUUGGAGGAGCUGUUAGAAGAAUUGAUUGCGAUCGCUAAAAGAAAAACCGCUUAUGUUACUGCUUUUGUCUACUGGUACUGCUUUUCUUGGUGA